AUGACCUCCUCGUCGCCAGAUUCUCCGGAGUACGAGUACCCACUACCGUUGGAAGAGAUCAAACCAGAGAUAUGUGACAUUCUGGGCCAGAUCACAGGACCUAGUACCUUCGCUUGUGGCGAGACGAUAUCAGAAUAUCCAAAUCCAGGAUUGGUUUUAAAUGAGCAUGGGACAGUUGGGCUGCCACUCUCAUCACAUGAUGCACAAGCUAUCAUAUCAAAAGCGCGACAAAGCCCUUUCGGCAAAGGAGCAGAAACUCUUGUCGAUACAACCAUUCGAAAAUCAAGGCAGCUGGAACCGUCGCAACUUCAGAUCGGCAAUCCUCAAUGGAACGCUACCGUGAACAAAAUUCUCGGCCAGGUUUACACUAGCCUUGGGCUUAGUGGUGGUGCGCAAAAAGUCUCAGCUCAGUUAUCCAAACUACUUUUGUACGAAGAAGGAGCGUUCUUCAAGCCUCACAAAGACAGUGAGAAAGCUCCUGGGAUGUUCGGUACGCUGGUCAUCUGCCUCUCAUCCGCCCAUGAAGGUGGUGACCUUGUCCUCACGCACAACAAAGAGACGAAGACGAUGUCUUUAGCCUCGGAGUUUGUCAAGCCUGUGACGUCCGGAUAUCGGUUGGUCUUGACCUAUAACUUGGUCAGACAAAAUUGGUCACCCGAAGAAAUGAGCUUGGUUUUUGGCAAACACAAAGAUCAACUCGUGACCGCCCUGCGACAAUAUAACAGGUGUCUCGAAGCGAGGAACUCCAAGUAUGAAUGUCCGGACUAUCUGAUUCACCCCCUUAACCAUCAAUACACUCAAGUCAGCCUACGGGCUAAUCAACUCAAGGGUGCAGACUCAGGACAGCUUGCCAGUAUGGAAAGGACGGUAGUCAAAGGCGAUGAGUACGACGAGGAUGGAGAAGAGUACUCAAACGAAACUUGUUUCAGAUUUGUGGCCAGAGUAGCUGAUGGUGUACGUGUUGACGACGCCACGAGCUUGACUGGAAGGGUUCGUGUCGAUGACAACGCUUUGCUCGAUAGUGAAUGGUACGAAGCACAUGAGCCCGAUAGCAAGGAGCGCUCAGGGUUCACUGGCAACGAAGGCUGUACUGCGACCUAUUGGUACCGCGAUACGGUCUUGGUCAUCGUUCCUGCGGCUAAACAUAUUCCAUUUCUGCAGAUCUGCGCAUGGGUGAGGGGCUAUCGGAAAGCUGCCAAGUCCGACGCAGCCAGGAAACAGGAACUGGCUGAGUUCUGCAAAAAGGUUCUCGACGGACGACCUCUUCGCGAUUGGGACCGAAAAGACCGCUCCCAGGUUGACCUCACGCAGCAAGUAGCUCUGGCUUCUCUAGAAGUCGAAAACCUGGACCUGUUCGAUCGAGCCACGAGAGAUGCAAGCACAUCCUUGCCUGAUGAGGCCUAUCAGAGCUUUGGUCGUCUCAUGGCACAGGCAAGCGACGUUGAUGCUGUCCAAACGAGGGUUGUAACUGCGCUCGAAAAGGUACCCUCUUUAAAGAUGAAGUACGAGACGCUACUGAAGCUCGAACAAUGCUUCCCCGACACGCUGUCUAGCGCCGAGGUUUCCGAGAAGAGAGACCGAUUCUCAACCUGGUUUGGAAAGACCUGGAUGAUGUGGUAUUUCGAGCUGUCCAUUCUGGCGCAAUGCGGAAAGUGGAUGGGACCAGUCUCGCCAUCAUUGUUGAAAGACGGAAUCUCCAUUGCUCAGUGGCUACAAAUCGCUGACCGAAGUGACAGGAUCAUCCCUGAGUUGUUGAAGACCCAUGGCACUGCUUGCAAAGCUGCUUUCGCCAACCACUUAUCGAGAUCAGAGGACUCUCCUGUUUCAGCAACUGAUGCCACAGGAACUCUGAACUCACAGAAGAUCCGACAGUACGUUUGCGGACCAGUCUACCAGGAUAUAUGGACCACUUGCGUGUUUGAGUCUGAAAAAACUGUUGCUCAGCUCAAUCCUCCCAGACCGCGUCAACUUAAGUUCUCAGUCGACGAGACGAGGAAAGCGUACGAGGAGACCCUGCUUGAUGGCGAAGAGCUAGCGGAUCUGAAAGUUGCAACGGUCGAUGAGAUCACUAGUCACCUGACAAGCGCGAUCAAGUCUGCCGACACCGCCGCGUUCCUGUAUACAUUGCUGUCUUUCAUCAAGGCAAUUCUUGAGCAGAAGGUCGAUUGUUACAAGCUCGACCCAAAUGGCCAAGCAACCCGUCACAGCAUCCAAUUGGCCACAUCAAUCACAGAUCAAUACGUCACAGUAUAUGUGGGAGAUGAGCCCAAAGUUCCAUCAAACUGGGCCUUACCAACCCGGGGCUGCCGGUCCAACUGUUCCGACUGUGCCGCCGUUAAUCGAUUCUUGAAGAGUGCUACGGAGAAGGUCGGACGCUUCCCCAUGAGCAAGAUACGUCGGCUACACUUGCACCAACAUUUCAACAAUGUCUUCAAUGUACAAUAUACUAUUGAGACAUUGCGCAACAGCAAUCCUAAUGUCUGGCAGAUCACCAAGGACAGACAGCGGCACGAUGAUAAACACAAAGCUUGGAAAGGCAAGGUUGAGGAUGCCAAAGAACAGAUAGGAGCUUUAGUGGACGCCGGCCCAUUGGGCAGUUAUCACGAAACUACAGCGGGGAAGCCUCUCUCAGACGAAGUCUACCGGCUUGUUUGGGCUCGCGUUGACCCUGGCUCUAUCACCCCCAAGACUACUGUCACCUCAAGCCGACCACCACUCCAGGACGCCAGCCCCAACACUCAGCCCGCCGGUGUCUCAUCCGGCUCGAAAAGGUCAGCGGAUCAUAACCUCUUGUCGGGCGGUGAGAAAGGGCAAGGCCGAAUAAUGCGCAGGGCCCUGCUGCACAAAGUCCGAGAGGACCGGUCGAAGUCAUCGACUUGACUGACGAUUGAGGAUGCAUGAUUGUGGUGGUUCUGUUGGCAUUGAAGUGAAGCUGAUGUAAGGGGGUUCCAAUACCAGGCCUGGAGAGUUGAUGACGAGCUUGGAGUUGCUGACGACUGUACAAACAUACCUAUGUACUAAUACCCCUAUCUUUCGAUAACUGAAAGUGGUCGAAGAUUUGGUCUCCGGAACUGAGGUGAGCCACUGGGCAGAGGAGGUUGGCGCGCUGGGAAGCAAUGCUCAGCCAGCUGUCCUUGGCGGCAUAUCAACAAUC